AUGACACUAGCUUUCUCCAACAAAGUGUUACAUGAGCUAGUAAAAAGCCACGACCUUGAGCGAGCGAGGUCUUACUUUCUCCAAAUGCCAUAUCAUAGUGUAGUGACGUGGAACACCAUGCUAGCAGCAUAUGCCCAGAAUGGGCAUAUUGACAUGUCACGGGCUUUCUUUGAUUCUAUGCCACGCCGCAGCCUCGUGUCAUGGAAUACCAUGCUGGCAGCCUACGUCAAAAGCGAGGACUGUGGCCACGCAAGCCAGAUCUUCAAUGACGUGCCAAUGCGGGACGUUGUGACGUGGACAACAAUGCUGACUGGGCAUGCCCAGUCUGGGUAUAUACUCGCCGCUGAGCGGCUGUUUCAUGAAAUGCCGGAGUGGAACUUGCUAACAUGGAGUGCGAUAUUUUCAGGGUACAUUCUUAAGGGUGACAAGACUAAGUCGCAAAAUCUGCUAGAGAAGAUUCCAGUUCUAGAUCUGAUUUUAGCGACAACGAUCCUCACGACAUAUGCCCACUUGGGGCAUGUAGCUCAAGUCGUAAGUUUGUUUGAUCAGCUUCCUUCCCGCGAUCUAGUCUCGUGGAGUGCUCUUCUCUCUUCUUACGCCACAAACUUUGAUCUCGAUGGAGCCAAAAGUGUCUUUGAUGCCAUGCCAGAGAGGAACCUCGUCUGCUGGAACACAAUUCUUUCCGCGAAUGCCUUGGCGGGGCAAAAGGAGGAGGCAAAAGCUUUGUUUGAUUCAAUGCCAAUGCGUGAUACGCUGUCCUGGACAUCUCUCUUAAACGCGUAUUCAAGUGCCAGAAACAUUGAGCAAGCAAAGUCCGUGUACGGCCAAAUGCCGCGGCAUGAUCUUGUCUCAAGAACAGCAAUGCUUGCGGCAUUUGCCGCGAACGGGCAUCCAGGAAAAGCCAAGGCCAUGUUUGAUUCCAUUCCAGAGCUCCAAUGUGAGAUUUCUUGGAACGCUCUCCUUGCUUCUAAUGCGCAGAAUGCUCGAUUUAUCGAAGCUCUGGAGGCCUUUUACUCCAUGGCCACAGUCCAAGCCCCCACUGCCACAAGCUUUGUUCCAGUGAUCAUCUCUUGCAGCCACAGAGGAGAGAUUUAUAGAGGGCGAUCGCUCUUCUUGUCAAUGGGUGUAGAUCAUGGCUUGGAGUACACAAGGCAGCACUUUUGUUGCAUGGUGGAUCUUCUUGGACGGGGUGGAUUUCUAGAUGCCUCGCGAGAGCUCAUUGCUUCAAUGCCUUUUAUUCCAGGUGCAUUGGAGUACACUUGCCUGCUUGGAGCGUGUCAGGCUUCCAAGAAUGUAGAACAUGGAGGCCAUGUUGUGCAAAAGAUUUUGGGCCUGGAGAAGCUAGAUGCUUCAGAGGUUACCACCUUCUGCUUGGCAUUGGACGGUGAGUAUGAUAGAGUGGUUGGAGAAAGACGAGCGGUAUUUGCUGAAGUGCAUGGCGGCAGGGAGAGCGAGAAGUGGGUUGCUGACACAUUCAAAACCAGAUGUCUUCAAAUCGGCGAGGUAGCGAUUGUAGUCGGCCGUCAUCUUGAGAUACAAGACCAACGACUCGCCGAAGGUAUGCGUGCUUACGUUGUUUCUUGUGCUAAGCCUCUUGCAUUGUUUUCUCAGGCUAUUGACGAGGCACAGGCCAAAGUUGCAUCGGGGGAAGGAAAUCAGCCGGAUCAUGGAGCUCCUCCGGCAAAACCUCGCGGUUUGGAUGAGAAUGAGUAUUGA